GGGCCGGCGCCGGGGCCCGUGAGGCCGCCGCGCUCCCGCCGCUCGCAGCCGGGCCCGCGGGCCCCGCGCCGGGCGCACGAUGCCGCUGGGGCUGAAGCCCACCUGCAGCGUGUGCCGCAGCACGUCCUCCUCCAUGUGGAAGAAGGGCGGGCAGGGCGAGAUCCUGUGCAACAACUGCACGGCGCGCUCGGCGCCGCCCGCGCCCGCCGCCUUCGCCACCACCUCGGCCGCCGCCCAGCACAGCAACGGGGGCGGCGGCGGCGGCGGCGGGAAGCAGAGCAAGCAGGAGAUCCACCGCCGCUCCGCGCGGCUCAGGAACACCAAGUACAAGUCGGCGCCCGCCGCGGAGAAGAAGGUUUCCACGAAGGGAAAGGGCAGGAGGCACAUCUUCAAGCUGAAGAACCCCAUCAAGGCUCCUGAGUCCGUAUCCACUAUAAUUACAGCAGAAUCAAUCUUUUAUAAGGGUGUAUACUAUCAAAUUGGAGAUGUUGUCUCAGUGGUUGAUGAGCAGGAUGGAAAAACAUACUACGCUCAGAUCCGCGGGUUUAUUCAGGACCAAUACUGUGAAAAGAGUGCUGCACUAACCUGGCUCAUUCCUACACAAGCCAGCCCCAAAGACUGUUUUGACCCAGCAUCCUAUAUCAUAGGCCCAGAAGAAGAUCUCCCAAGGAAAAUGGAAUAUUUAGAAUUUGUUUGUCAUGCGCCUUCGGAAUAUUUCAAAUCUCGAUCAUCUCCCUUCCCUACUGUUCCUACAAGGCCAGAGAAGGGCUAUAUAUGGACUCAUGUGGGACCUACUCCUGCAAUCUCCAUUAAAGAAACUGUUACCAAUAAUUUAUAAUUUUUUUUAAGGAAUACUUCGGACAGGUUAUUUUACGUCUAUUCUCAGGCCUGUGAGCCUCAUACAAGAGUUUUUUAAAAGUUAUAAAAUAUGCCAUUUUACUUUAUGGAUUACAGGAUUUAUUUAUUUUAAAUAUAUCAUAUCUUUAAAGAGGAAGUUUCCAUUCCAGUUUAUGCAUCAUUUCAGUGCUCUGCUCUUCAGACAUUAUUGCUCAUUUUGGGACAAACCCACAAGUUUCAUGUCAUCUUUUGACUUCUGAAAGUUGCCUUUAGUUUUCUUACUUUCUAAAUUAUUUUCCAGAAAAGGAGUUAAAUAUAUAAUCAUCCAGCACUUUAUAUACUUGUUUAAUUUAGUUAACUGUGACUGCAGUUAUUUACUUGUUAAAUAAUUUAAGACUACCUUCAGAUAAACACUAAACAUGGUCAGUGAUGCAGUUAAUGAAUUUCUGUUACAUGGAAAGGAGCGAUCUACCUGGAUUUCUCCAGACUGAAACCUCUCAUCUGCAAGGAGGGACUUGUAUUUAACAGUCACCUUUUAAGGUGAAUCUGAAUCUGAAACGUAAUGUAUGUAGCUUUCUGCUAAACUUUACAUAAAUUUCUUGGAAAGUUGGAUGCAAAUU